CAGCAUCUGUGGAGGGAAAUGGACAAUCGACAUUUCGGGUUGAGACAGUUCAGAUGAAGGAUCUCGAUCCGGAAAGGUCCUUCCGAUCGGAGCGAUGGGGCCUUUGGACAUUCGGCUAACGUUUUUUGUUGCUCUACGUGUUUACGAGAUGGGGUUGCUGGGCAUAUGGCCAACUCACCCACGCUCGUCGCCGGGCUUAGACAGUCCAUUGGGCGUUUUCUUAUCUUUUCACUGUUUAAUUUGUUUUUGAUCCCACACUAACAUGGAAAUAGCCAGAAUUCCCACUGAACCCAUCCAACAACAUAAUGUUCAUUCCCCGAGUCUGCAGCGCGCGUAGUGGACAAUCGCGGUACUGCAGGGGAUCGGCAGCUCCCCGAAAGUGAAAGCAUUCUGAAUCAGGAAGUGUCAGGAGUUAACAUGGCUUCGAAAGGACCGGUCGAGAGUUUAACAGAGGAGGCAAUUUGUCCCGUCUGCCUGGAUUUCUUCACCGAUCCGGUUAUACUGGAGUGUGGACACAACUUCUGUCGCUCUUGUAUCACACGGUGUUGGGAAAGGGAGCAGAGAAACUCCUGCCCGGAAUGCAGAGAGGUGUUUGCUGACCGCACCCUCAGGGUGAAUCGGGCCUUAGCAAAUCUGGCUGAAAAAUCUCGAAAUCUUGACCUGAAUCGGAAAGGGAAGGAAAGUAAACGUCACUGCGAGGAACAUGAGGAAGAACUGAAGCUGUUUUGUGAAAAGGACAAGACACUAAUCUGUCUGGUCUGUGCAGUUGCGGAGGAACACAGAGAGCACCGCUUCCUGCCGAUUAAAGAAGCUGUUAAAAUCUACAAGGAUCAGCUAAAAUCUUCCUUAGACUCUCUCACAAAAAAGAAAUCAGACUUCCAGAAAAAGGAGCAGCAACAGAAACAGAAGAUUUCCGGAGUUCGGGAACAGACACACAGCAUUCAGUCCUACGUCACAUCCCAGUUUGCUGAACUGCGCCAGAUUAUCACUGAGAAAGAGCAGAGCUUACUCAGGGAUCUCAGGGAAGAAGAGAAGAGGAUUCUCAACCCAAUGGAGAAAAAUCUUCGGGAGAUUCAAGAGAAUAUAAUUUUAAUUCAGGAGGAAAUCUCAAAGAUAAAGGAACAGAUGGAUCAAAAAGACAGUGUGAUAUUUCUCAAGGAGGAAGCUCGUCGGAACAGAAGGAUUAAUGACGAUGUCCAUGAAUUGGCAGUGACAGAUGAGACACUACCGGUUGAAAAAUUCGAUCACCCCUAUUUGUUGAACACAGUGCUGAGAGAAACGCUUGAUGCUAUUUAUCGAGUCUCUGUCACCCUGGAUGUGGAAACGGCGCAUCCGGGUCUCGAGGUGUCUGGGGAUCGGAAGAGUGUGAGAUGGAUCUGGACCUGGAGGAAUCUCCCUGACACUGGGAAGAGAUUCACAGACUGGAUUUGUGUGCUGGGAUCGGAGGGAUUCCCAUCGGGGAGACAUUACUGGGAGGUGGAGGUGACGGGGAAUCAGCGCUGGUUUCUGGGAGUCGCCGCCGAGUCUGUGGAGAGGAAGAGACGGGUCAGUCUGAGUCCGGAGACCGGAUUCUGGGUCAUCAGGCGGGUUGGUGACGUGUUACAUUGGGAUUGUGACGUGUCCGGUCGCCCCUCCCCCGGGUCCCGUCUCGCUGCCGGUCCCAUCCCCGGGAGGGUGGGAGUUUAUCUCAGUUACGAGUCCGGGACAGUUUCAUUUUACAACGCGGAGACCAAGGCCCAUCUCCACACCUUCAUUGGGAAUAAAUUCACGGGGAAACUUUAUCCUUUCUUCCGGACCGGGGAUGUGAACCAGUGGCUGAGAAUCUGCUCCGGUUCCGCUCCGGGUCUGUAAACGGGUCCGGUCCCGGGACCGGCGUCAGGAGUAAAGUCCCUGUAAAUAUAAAUGUGCGGAGAGUGCAGCUAAAUACGUGGCUAAGGGGAUGGUGCAGGAGGGAGGGCUUCAUGUUUCUGGUCAAUUGGGCUUUGUUCCCGGGAAGGUGGGGCCUGUUCCGACGGGACGGUUUGCCCCUAAACUGGGCGGGGGGGGGGAGGAAUAACAUUCUUGCGGGUAGAUUUGCCAGUGCUGCUCCGGGGAAUUUAAUCUAGAUUUGCAGAGGGAGGGGAACCAGAGUGUUAGAGCAGAUAGUGAGGUGCAGGAGGAUAAGGAACAUGAGAGGACUGCAUGUAUAAACGGAAAUGAUAAAAAAGCAGAUGAUAUACAUAUUCUCAGGAACAUCUAUUUCAAUGCACGGAGUAUUGUCGGUAAAACAGAUGAGUUUAGGGCUUGGGUUGACACGUGGGAUAACGUCAUUACUGCUAUUAGUGAGGGGCAGAACUGGCAGCUUAAUGUUCCGGUAAAAUUGGAGAAGGGCCAAUUUUGUGGAAAUGAAAAAGGAUCUAGGAAGAGUGGAUUGGGAUAAGAUUUUUUUUCUGGCAAGGAUGUGCUCAGUAAGUUCACAGGCAUAAGAAAUUAAAUAGAGAUUGGGUUGGAAAUGUUAUAGCAACUUCAUUUAAUUCAAAAUCGAGAGGAGUUGCAAUUUCGGUUAAUAAAUCUUUACCAAUUAAAAUACAAAAUGUAAUAAUUGAUUCUGUGGGGAGAUAUGUGAUUAUACAUUGUCAAAUUUUUUCAGAAUUAUGAACUUUUAUGAACAUUUAUGCACCAAAUGAAAAUGAUGCAAAAUUCAUACAAGAAGAUUUUUUGAACUUGGCUGACGCAAAUGAUAAAAUAUUAAUAGGCGGAGAUUUUAAUUUUUGUUUAGAUCCAGUUUUAGAUAGGUCAACUAAAGUUGUUACAAAAUUAAAAGUAAUAAAACUAACUUUAUCAUUAAUGGAAGAUUUAAACCUGAUUGAUAUAUGGAGAAUAAUUAAUCCAAGAGAAAGAGAUUAUUCAUUUUAUUCAAAUAGACAUAAAGCUUAGAUGGAGAUUUAAUACAAUUUUAUUUAAACGUCAAGAUUUUUGUGAUUUUAUGAAGAAACAGAUUCAAUUUUUUUUGGAUACAAAUUUACAUUCAGUUGAGGAUAAAAUUGUAUUAUAGGAAGCGAUGAAAGCAUAUUUAAGGGGUCAGAUUAUAAGUUAUACAUCUAAAAUUAAGAAGGAAAAUUGGGAAAAGAUAUCAUAAAGUUAGAAAAAGAAUCUCAAAGAUAUAUGACAGAAGAAAAACAAAGACAACUUGUUAAUAAAAAACUACAGUAUAAUACACUCCAGACAUAUCGUACAGAAAAAAUAAUUAUGAGAACUAAACAGAAAUAUUACGAAUUAGGUGAAAGAUCACAUAAAAUUUUUGCUUGGCAGUUGAGAACAGAACAGGCUUUUAAAACAAUAAAUGCAAUUAGAACAAGUGUAAAUAAGGUUGCUGAUAAACCUUUAGAAAUUAAUGAAACUUUAAUUGUUUUUUAUAUACUGAACUAUAUCAAUCAGAAUCACAAAAUAAGAUUACUGAGAUAGAUAAAUUUUUAUCACAAAUAACCCUUCCAAAAUUCAAUUUGGAAGAACAGAAAGGAUUAGAUAUGCCCUUUACAUUAAAAGAGGUUGAACAAGCUUUAGGAUCACUUCAGAGUAACAAAUCCCCAGAAGAAGAUGGU